CCGGGGCACUUCCGCCCAGGUGAGCGCAGCCGCCGCACUUCCGCCAGCUGCGGGGAGAGGCCGUGCCCGCGCAGCCCUGGGGCUCCCACCCCGCCGUCGCCGGACCAGGCUUUUUGAAAGUGAUUGAAAAGAAUAAUCCAAAAUGCCUGAAAAUCCUGCUGCAGAGAACAUGCAGGUCCUGCAGGUCCUUGCUCGCCUGAGGAUGAAGCUGCAGGAGAAGGGCGACACGGCGCAGAGCGAGAAGCUGUCAGCGCUGUAUGAGACGCUGCAGAGCCCUCUCUUCAACCAGAUCCUCACACUCCAGCAGUCCGUCAAGCAGCUGAAGGGACAACUUAGCCAUAUCCCCUCAGAUUCUGCAGCCAACUUUGAAUUUUCUCGGAAGGGCUUGUUAGUGUUCACAGACGGUUCCAUUGCAAAUGGGAGUGCACACAGACCUUGCAGUAAUUUAGCUGUGUCUGGGUUAUUGCCUUGGACUCCAAAGUCAGGAAAUGAAGACUUUAACUUAGUCAUUCAGCAGAUGGCUCAGGGCCGGCAUGUUGAAUACAUAGAUAUAGAGCGCCCUUCAGCGGGAGGACUUGGAUUCAGUGUGGUGGCUCUGAGAAGCCAGAGUCUGGGAUUGUUUGAUAUUUUUGUGAAGGAGGUCCAUCCAGGAAGUGUAGCAGACAGGGAUCAAAGACUGAAGGAAAAUGACCAAAUUUUGGCCGUUAACGACAUCCCGUUGGAUCAGAACGUUUCCCAUCAGCAGGCAGUUGCACUGCUACAACAAGCCACUGGGUCUCUGCGGCUGGUUGUGGCCCGGGAAGUGGGUCACACACAGGGCCGGACUUCCACCAGUUCAGCUGAUACAGCCCUGCCUGAAGCGGUGUGUUGGGGACACACUGAAGAUGUUGAGCUCAUUAACGAUGGCUCUGGACUAGGCUUUGGGAUAGUUGGAGGAAAGUCCAGUGGCGUGGUUGUAAGGACUAUUGUCCCUGGAGGAUUGGCAGACCGAGAUGGAAGACUACAGACAGGGGACCACAUCUUGAAGAUUGGUGGUACAAAUGUGCAAGGGAUGACCAGUGAACAAGUUGCUCAAGUGCUAAGGAACUGUGGGAAUUCUGUGAGGAUGCUGGUGGCCAGAGACCCUGUUGGUGAAGUUGCAGUAACACCUCCCACCCCUGCAUCCUUACCUGUUGCCCUGCCUGCUGCAGCCAACAAGACUCUUGCUGCAGACAGUUCUUUUUCUGAGACUUACAGUGUUGAGCUUGUUAGAAAAGAUGGACAGAGUCUUGGGAUUCGAGUUGUUGGCUAUGUUGGAGCAGCUCAUCCAGAGGAGGCUUCGGGGAUUUAUGUGAAAAGUAUAAUACCAGACAGUGCUGCAUACCACAAUGGCCAAAUUCAAGUGAAUGAUAAAAUAGUGGCUGUGGAUGGUGUGAACAUUCAGGGUGUUGCCAACCAGGAUGUUGUAGAAAUAUUACGGAAUGCUGGGCAGGUGGUGCACCUAACGCUCGUUCGCAGGAAAGCAUCUUCAUCUGUGUCUCCGUUUGAACAGCCUUCAAGCAGAGGAACUGUGGCAGAACCACCUAAAGUACCAGCACUAACUGGACCCAUGCACACAGAGACUAAUUUGGGUAUGGAAGCAGAAGACACUGGAGAAAGACUGAACAAUCUAAAAGACGGUGCCAUACAAGCUUUAGAAGAGCCAGAUAUAUAUCCAGAGAAAGGCCCUGGCUCUCCAGAAAAUCAUCUGAAAUCCAGAUGGGAAAAUCUACUGGGCCCAGAGUAUGAAGUAAUGGUAGCCACUUUGGACACACAGAUUGCAGACGAUGAGGAGCUGCAGAAGUACUCAAAGCUGCUGCCUAUCCACACUCUGAGGCUUGGUGUGGAAGUAGAUUCCUUCGAUGGGCACCAUUAUAUCUCAUCAAUUGCUCCUGGUGGUCCUGUGGAUACCCUGAACCUCCUACAGCCAGAGGAUGAACUUCUUGAGGUCAAUGGGGUGCAGCUUUAUGGGAAGUCUCGCCGAGAAGCAGUCUCCUUUCUUAAAGAAGUGCCCCCACCAUUCACCUUGGUUUGCUGUCGCCGGCUGUUUGAUGAUGAGGCCUCAGUUGAUGAGCCGAGAACCAUGGAACCUUCCCUUCUCGAGGCAGAGGUCGACCGCAGCGUAGAUGUCAGCAUUGAGGAUGACGAUGAUGGAGAGUUAGCCCUGUGGUCUCCUGAAGUCAAGACUGUGGAGCUGGUGAAAGGCUACAGAGGCUUGGGAUUCAGCAUUUUGGAUUAUCAGGACCCCUUGGAUCCCACAAGGUCAGUGAUUGUGAUUCGGUCCUUGGUAGCAGAUGGUGUAGCAGAAAGAAGUGGAGAGCUUCUACCUGGAGAUCGCCUUGUCUCGGUUAAUGAGUUCUCUUUGGACAAUGCCACACUUGCCGAGGCUGUGGAAGUGCUGAAGGCUGUGCCGCCAGGCGCUGUGCACCUGGGCAUCUGUAAGCCUUUGGUGGAAGAUGAGAAGGAAGGAAGUUAUUUUAUUUCACAUUCAGACAACAAUGAAGACAACAGCGAGUCUCCAGAAGCUGUUCAUGAGAUGCAUUCAUCUUUGAUCCUCGAGGCACCCAAGGGAUUUAGAGAUGAGCCGUAUCUUGAAGAACUUGUGGAUGAACCUUUUCUGGAUUUGGGAAAGUCUUUGCAGUUCCAACAAAAGGACGUGGACAGCAGCUCAGAAGCCUGGGAAAUGCAUGAAUUUCUAAGCCCGCCACUGGAGGGAGGGGGCGAGGAAAGAGAAAUGCUUGUUGACGAGGAAUAUGAGCUCUAUCAGGAGCACCUCCGGGCCAUGGAGCUACAGCCACUACCACACAUCCAGGAAGUCACACAGGUGCCUCCCACGCAGGAACUACAGAUUGGCGCACAGUGGCUGCAUGCCACCCUCUCAGGGGGCGAAGUACCAGAGUGUCACGAUGCGGAGACUAUGAGGGGUGCGUGUCCCCAGGAGAUGCCGCAGUAUGGCUACAGCACCGCAGACAUGAUGAAAGACACAUUUGGCCUUGACUCCCGGCCACCCAUACCCUCCUCUGAAGGAACUGGUCAGCAUGGUGAAUUUGAUGACAUGGAGGCCCUUCAUUCAAGCAGCGGGCUGGACUUAGGCAUGAUGAUUCCAAGUGAUGUGCAAGGUCCCGGCAUGCUUGUCGAUCUUCCAGCUGUUGCCCCAAGAAGAGAACAAGAAGAUUUGCCUUUGUACCGACUCCCCAGCGCCCGGGUCGUCUCCAAGCCUUCCUCACACAUGGGAACGGUGUCUUCAAGAUACGCAAAUGCUGCAUGUGAGUUACCUGAGAGAGAGGAGGGUGAAGGAGAGGAAACACCAAACUUCAGCCACUGGGGGCCACCAAGAAUUGUUGAGAUUAUUAGGGAGCCCAACGUGUCUCUAGGCAUCAGCAUUGUUGGUGGACAAACAGUUAUAAAACGCCUGAGGAACGGGGAGGAGCUUAAAGGGAUAUUCAUCAGACAAGUGUUGGAAGACAGUCCUGCAGGGAAAACCAAUGCGCUUAAAACUGGAGAUAAAAUUCUUGAGGUGUCUGGCAUAGACCUGCAGAAUGCCUCCCAUGCAGAAGCCGUAGAGGCCAUCAAGAGCGCCGGAAGCCCUGUGGUGUUCGUGGUGCAGAGCCUGUCAUCCACCCCAAGGGUCAUCUCAAGUGUGCAGAACAAAGGCAAAGCCCCUGCCAAAAACCAAGACCAAGGCGCUCAAGAAAGGCAAGUGAAGAGAUAUGGAACAGCUCCACCGCCGAUGAAGCUCCCUCCUCCUUACAGAGCUCCACCUGCUGACAGUGAGGAAAGCGAGGAAGAAUGUGCCCUGACCGACAAAAAGAUCAGACAAAGAUAUGCAGACCUGCCUGGAGAAUUACACAUUAUCGAACUGGAAAAGGAUAAAAACGGACUGGGACUCAGUCUCGCUGGCAACAAAGACAGGUCACGGAUGAGCAUCUUUGUGGUGGGGAUCAACCCCGAGGGACCAGCGGCUGCAGAUGGACGCAUGCAGGUUGGAGAUGAGCUGCUAGAGAUAAACAAUCAGAUCAUUUAUGGAAGAAGUCAUCAAAAUGCAUCUGCCAUCAUUAAGACCGCCCCAACCAGGGUCAAACUGGUCUUCAUCAGAAAUGAAGACGCAGUCAACCAGAUGGCCGUCGCUCCCUUCCCAGUGCCAUCCAAUUCCCCAUCACCUGUGGAGGAUCUGGGUGGCACUGAACCUGUCAGCAGUGAGGAAGACAGCGGUGUGGAUGCGAAACACCUGCCUGAAACUGAGAGCUCCAAACCGGAGGACCUGUCCCUGGUGGUUGAUCACAGCAUGGUGGCAGAGCAGCAGAAGGCAUUGGAGUCACCUGACAGGGCUGCCUGCCAGACGAAACAGCAAACGUAUUCAGCACAAGUCUCCUUCAGUUCACAAGAGACCCCAUCAGCACCAGCGCCCAUGGGUCAGUCAGCAGAUGCCGACGUCACAGGCUCUGGUAACUGCCAGGCUUCUCUCUCGGUGGACCCUGAGCCUCUCUGGGUGGACCCUGUGCCUCUGUCGGUGGACCCUGCAACCUGUCCCAUUGUCCCUGGCCAGGAAAUGAUCAUAGAAAUAUCCAAGGGGCGCUCAGGGCUCGGUCUCAGUAUCGUAGGAGGAAAAGACACACCCUUGGGUGCUAUUGUUAUCCAUGAAGUAUAUGAAGAAGGCGCAGCAGCCAGAGAUGGGAGGCUGUGGGCUGGAGACCAGAUAUUACAGGUGAACGGGGCUGACCUGAGAAACUGCAGCCAUGAAGAAGCCAUCGCGGCCCUGAGGCAGACCCCCCAGAAGGUGCGGCUGGUGGUCUACAGAGAUGAGGCCCAGUACAGAGAUGAGGAGAACUUGGAGGUCUUCCUUGCGGAGCUGCACAAGAAGGCUGGCCGCGGCCUGGGCCUGAGCAUUGUUGGGAAGCGGAGUGGAACUGGAGUGUUUAUUUCUGACAUUGUGAAAGGCGGAGCCGCAGACCUCGAUGGGAGGUUGAUUCAAGGAGACCAAAUCUUGUCUGUGAAUGGAGAGGACAUGAGGCAUGCCUCACAGGAGACAGUGGCCACCAUCCUCAAGUGUGUCCAGGGCCUGGUGCAGCUGGAGAUCGGGAGACUCCGAGCCGGUUCCUGGGCCUCCUCGAGGAAGACCUCACAAAACAGCCAGGGGGAUCAGCACAGUGCACACAGCAGCUGUCGGCCUUCCUUUGCCCCAGUCAUCACUGGCCUACAAAACCUGGUUGGCACAAAAAGACCUUCAGAUCCUCCCCAGAAAUGCACAGAGGUGGGCCCGAGGACUGUGGAGAUAGUCAGGGAGCCCAGCGACGCCCUUGGAAUCAGUAUUGCUGGAGGAAAAGGAAGUCCUUUAGGAGAUCUCCCGAUAUUUAUUGCCAUGAUUCAGGCCAAUGGCAUGGCCGCACGGACCCAGAAGCUUAAGGUUGGAGAUCGGAUUGUGAGCAUCAAUGGACAACCUCUGGAUGGACUGUCUCACACAGACGCAGUGAAUCUACUGAAGAAUGCCUUCGGGCGCAUUAUCCUGCAGGUAUUUCCAUCAAUAGAGAGAGACAUGGCUGGGAGAGGCAGAUAAGUGGCAGCAGGAAAGACAAGCAGAGCGUCACUCCCAGUAGGCAUCGCCACCCACCAGGGUGCUUGCUCAUGUGAAUGGUGAAAGUUGAAAGCAAGAAAUUAUUAUUUUUAUUCAGAAAUUCUUUAAUGCCACCCACACAGGCAUGAGCAGGGCCAUACGAACGUGUAACAAGGGGAGAAAAAAUUACUCUCAGCUUCAUGUGGUAAAUCAACAAGGCUUUUUAGCUUCCAGCAUUCUUUUGUAACUUGAAGUUUUCUGGGAAUAGGAAAUUAUUUCCUUUCUUAUAUCCAAAGACUUACUGGGCAGUGCAGGCACUGUUUCCUGUCCCUUUAAUGGCAGAGAGAAAUUCAAUGCUCUUUCUCCUGUGCUGUGGAUGGCUGCCAGCACCCUGCAGCUCUCACUGCAUUGUAGUCAUCAAUUAAGGCAGACAAUUAUUGAUCAGCUGUGGCCCCAUGAGUAUUGUCCAGAAGCAGAGAGAAAUACAGGAGGAAGUAAAAGCAAAACGUGCUGCUCAUUCCCCUCCCUCCCUCUCCGCCCUUCACUUUCGCUAAGAUUGAUCCCGUGCAGAGACUUAAGAGGCAGCGCACUACCAGUGAGUGUCUUUAAUGAGUGCCCUAAAAUGAAGGAUUAUAAUCACCCUACUGCUGAAGAGGUAGUAUAAAAUGAUUUACAGGUAAAAAGAAUAAAACACACAGCCAGCUCUCAGAUAAUUCUAGCCUUAGCAUAAGAAGACUGAGUGGAAAAAGCAUGACAUU